CUUAGCGCGCUUCCGGAGAACGCAGCGGCUAGACAUUUCUCCUUUAAGUUAUCUUGAACUGCUCAACCGCUUGCAAAGAACAUGCUAAGGCAGCUAAGUUUUCUUCUUCCGGGAACGCUCCGCAGCUCUUGUGGUAUUGCUCCAGUUGCAUUCACGCGCAGCUUCAAGGCGGUGGCCGAUGUUGAGAUAGACUUUAAUAACCGGGAGGUGCUGAAAAAGUAUGUUGGCAUCAGGGACCAUCUCAGCAAAAAGCCAGGGACACGAGGAGCGCUCAUUGAAGCGCUGUCUUCUGUGCUGAAUGCAAUUAAGGCAGCACCCGAGGCGUCCGAUUACCGGAAGGCUGUUGAGGCGACGUGCAGUUAUCGCAUGAAGGUGUGCCAGGAAAAUGAGUCAGAUGCUGCUAUCGAGGAAGUCCUGGAUGCGCACUUGGAGGAGCUCAUUAAGGAGUGCAAGGAGGAGGAACGCCUGGUCUCUUACAUGCUUGAGAGCAAGGCUUGGGACGUGCCGGCCGACUACUCGGUGCCCGUGGUAGACUACGUGGACGCAGCAACUGUCCUUGAGGCGAAGAAAUGAAGAUCAUGGGAAUAGGAGCGCGCCAGCGGUGGUGGGAUAUGUCCUUCAUACAUGCAUCAGGCUUGCGGACCGAGCGGAUCUAAUAUGGUGGCUGGUCGGCACAUCGUGUACGCAUCGCUUACUGAUAUGUGGAUGGGGUUCAGGGGUUCGUGUCGACGCGGGUCACGGUCAAGGAUAUUUGCCGACGUGGGGCUAUGGUAAUUGACGUAGUAACAUGGCCAUAGGUUACAUAGUGCGUCAGUCUGUAUGGCACAUGCCAUGUCGAAAUCGGGGAUUUGCGUUCAUGUCGUAUCAGGUAACUAUCGGAACCAUUGGUCCUUACCCGGAACGUAUCUUGUCAGUCAAACGGAUCGUUUGUAACAGGUUGUAUGAAAUUCUCCUCUCCCAAGCUUAGUCUCUCCCACGACGCAAGCAUGCGAAUGCCAUGAGGCUUAAGACAUAAUACCCCAAAACCUAAAACACAACAAGCAUCAAACUGCAAGCAUCACAGCAUACAACAGCCCGCCACCAAAAUCAGUGUUCAUCCACAACAUCAAUUCUUAUACACGUGAUACACGUGCACAUUUCAUGUCCCUGCGUGCUUAAGUAAAAACACAACGACUGCGUGCCAACAGUCUAUUCAGCCCACGCUCCAGCAUACGAAGCGCUGCGGCUACAGCCUCAAUCAAUCCACUGCCCCCAAAGCUUAGCCUACAGCCUCAAUCAAUCCACUGAGCCCGCUCCUCUGGGCCUUAAAACAGCCCUCUCAACCUAAGCUUUAGCCGAGCGCUUGGCCUUGAUAUCCUUCACAGCUGCCUUAAUAGCGUCCUCUGCCAGCAUGCUGCAAUGCAGCUUCACAGGGGGCAGGCUUAGGUGCUUCGCGAUGUCGCUGUUUUUAAUUUGGAGUACCUCGUCCAGCGACUUUCCCUUGACCCACUCCGUUGCGACGCUGCUGCUGGCGAUUGCAGACCCGCAACCGAAAGUCUUGAACCGCGCAUCCACGAUGUUACCCUCCGCGUCCACCUUAAUCUGCAAUUUCAUGACGUCGCCACACGCUGGUGCGCCCACAAGACCGGUGCCCACAUCAGGGUCGUUCUUGUCAAAGGAGCCCACGUUGCGUGGUCGCUCAUAGUGUUCCACAACGUUCUUGUGGUAAAGACGCCGGCCUAGAUGUUGCACCAGCAUAGGAAAACUUCGUAAAGUAAUUUCAGAGGUAGAAGCAGCUGCAGCGGCAAGCGCCUGCAUGAUUGGAUACCAAACGAAUAAUCCUACUACUCAGAGUGUAAUUUAGGUAUGUAAAUUCAGCG